AUGGCCUACUGCUAUAAUAUCGAAGAAGUGCCGCCCGACGAUGUUCCGUGCGUCGAACACGACGUCAGACGAGCUAAAAAAUUCCUCCAGAAGCACAGUCCAGAGUCGGGUGACAGCCUGUACGAUCAUUUGACUGAAGUGUUGGCCAAGAUUCUCGCGGAAAGGCCGAAAAACGCUGUCGAUAUUUUCGAGGAGUACAGCAGGAAAGUGAAAGAGGAAAGAUUCAAGACUCAGACCAAUCAUCUUCGAGAUUUGUACGUUCCGCCGAUACAGUACGAAGAUGCGACGAAACUCGUAAAACUGUUCAAGAACGUACAACAAGUCGACGAGAAUGUGGAAGAAACACUGGGCGAGGAAGAGGAGGACGAUGAGAAGAAGAAGAAACCAAACAUGCUAGACCUUCUGUUUUACUUCGAACAAACCGACGUAGGAUUGCCUCGCGGGGAAAUGGUGAUACUUAAUUUAUCUAUACGACAACUAAUGAACAGAGCUCCCAUAGAGAACGUCAGAUUCUGGGGCAAAAUACAUGGGAAUCCAAAAAGUUAUUACGUGGUGGAAGCUGAUCUCAAAUCGGAAGAACUGGACAGGAGAUUGGAGAAAAUAGCGGAAGAAGAGGAAAGGAAACGCCAAGAGGAACAGGCGAAGAAGGAGGAAGCGGCAAGAGUCGCGGAAGAAACGGCUGCAACCGCGGAAAGGGAAGCUGCAGAGGACGAAACGGAAGAUGCAGAAGCGAAAGAAGAGAAGGAAGAGGGUUUGAAGCUGGUUUUUCCACCCCUGCCUACACAUUCGUGGAAACCACCGCCGGAAGUGCCCGCGGAAAGGAUCGGAAGUGGCGUGAAUGCCAAGGUGUAUUUUGUAUGCAACGAGCCCGGUUUGGACAAGUGGAUCGAACUUCCGACGGUGACGCCGCAGCAGAUACUAAUUGCGCGACAGAUUGUUCGUUGUUGCACGGGAAAUUUGGAAACGCCGAUUCAUACGUUCCCGCCGUUCCCCGGCACCGAAAAAAAUUAUCUCCGCGCGCAAAUAGCCAGAAUUAGCGCGGCCACUCAGAUCUCGCCGAUUGGCUUUUUUACUUUCGGCGGUGAGGACGAGGAGGAGGAGCCGGGCGAGGAGCCGGAAGAAGGUGGAGUGCUGUCAGAGAAUGCUCAUUACGAUCCUCUGCCUAUCAAGGACCUGGUAGAUCCCUCUAUGUCAAAUUGGUGUCAUCAUACACAGUACAUUCUGAAGCAGGGACGCACUGUUUGGUGGAAUCCAGCUAAAGAGGACGAGGAAGUUAAGGAAGAAUUGGAGGACGAAGAAGAGGAAGCGAAAACAGGUGUUCAAAGGGAGGUGGGACCACCCCUUCUGACACCCCUGUCGGAAGAUGCUAUCGUUGACACGAUAAUUCCUUGGACGGUCAGACAGUCUUCUCGCGUAUUACCAGAUUUGGCAGUAGCGUUGGUUAGAUCGAAUACUUGGCCAGGAGCGUUCGCGUUCGCCUGUGGAAGGCGUAUCGAUAAUGUGUACAUCGGCUGGGGCCACAAAUACAACGCGUACAACUAUAGUCCACCGUCUAUGCCACCUGUGCAGGAUCAGUACAAAUUAGGACCAGAGAUCAUGGAAAUUCAGGAUCCGACCUUCGAGCAGGAAGAGGCCUAUCGCAUUGCUAAUUUACCACCCCCGCCUCCUAUACCAAUGGGAGAAGAAGAGGACGAAAUGAUCGAAGAGGAAGAAGAAGAGGAAGAAGAUGACGAAUGA